UUUCACUUUCAAAAUGCAUAUUUCCGCGUUUAAUAUUCUGAAUUAGCUGCACAUAGCAACAGGUAAAUCCCAAGUUUUCUCUCGGCGUACACUCAGCAAGCACACGAGUAAAAUUUUGAGCACAAAUCGAAACGGGUAAACAAUUGUGUUUCGUAAACAAAAAAUACAAUGACAACCUGUGAAGGCGAUACAGAGCGCGACGACGCUGUUGACCAAAAUAGACCGAUGCGGGUGACUAUCGUGGCCAAAACGUACAACUAUCACUUGCACGAAGACGUGCACCUCGCACUGCCCCCACCAGCUACAGAUGGGGAGACUCUCUAUACACGAGGAUGCUUUAGUUACUUCCACUACGGGUGUGAUGGGACGCAGGAUGCGGGCUGGGGAUGUGGCUAUCGAACGCUGCAGUCGGCUAUAUCGUGGAUUAUAAAUAAGCGUGGCACCGCCAACGGGGAGCCUGAUCAUUUUGUGCCAUCAAUUAAGGAAAUACAACAGAUGCUGGUGAGCAUUGGUGACAAAUCUGCGCCCUUUGUGGGAUCUAAGGAAUGGAUUGGUACACUGGAGGAAUUCUAUGUUAUUGACGUCAUGUUUGAGUUGCCCUGCAAAAUUCUGCACUCCCAGCAAAUGGGCGUGGAUCAACUUGUGGAGCAGAUACGUAAAUAUUUCGAAGAAUAUGGCGGAUUUAUCACUAUGGGCGGCAUGAGCGACACAGCCUCAAAGGGAAUUGCGGGCAUACAUCAGGGUCCGCGCGGAAUUUUUCUGCUAAUUGUGGAUCCGCACUAUGUUGGGGUACCCGCCUCGAAACAACAGAUAAUCAAUCAGGGCUUUGUCCGUUGGAUGCACAUAAACGAAUUUCAAACGAGUAGUUACAAUCUGUGUCUUAUACUGCAGCGCUGAAAUCCGCAUGAAUUGUACAAUUUAUAAAUAAAUUGACUAGCGAUUGCGAUAUCGAUUUUAUACCAAUUGAAAACACACACUAUA